AUGACACUUCUUCCUUUCGACGCAAAACGGAGCAUCGUGGAAAUGAACCACAGCAUCCAAGAUUUCGAGAGAUCCUGCGUACGACGGGCCAUAGUGUCUCCGCGGUGGCUGCCCGACAGCAACAGCGUGUUUUGGUAUAGACGGGAGACUGAAAUAGGGCAGUUUCAGUUCAUCUUGGUCGACUGCGACAAAGGACUUCGUCGUAUGGCUUUUGAUCAUGCUGGGCUCGCCUCUGAGCUUGGCAAAUACACACUGGAGCACAUCGGUCCUUACAGCUUGCCCUUUUGGUGGAUUAACGUGGCGGCGGACUGUACCUGGGUUCGCUUUCAAUUCAAUGGGAAAACUUGGCAGUACACACGAAGCGGGAAACUGGAGGAUUGGGAGGGAAUUUUUGACACUGGCGGAUUCGACCACGGCUGCAAGGAAAUCCCUUCACCAUUCUCGCGGGAGUCGAGCACUGUCACUCUCACAAACCACACUGCUAAUCUCAUUGACUACUUUUGGAUUAGCAACUCGGGCGAUGCUCGAUACUAUGGGUCGCUACGGCCGGACCAGACUAAAACUCUGACCGCCUACGUCGGCCAUAUAUGGCGCCUGGAGUUGCCAGACUCUGAAAAGCGCGUGUCGUUCGACGUGAAAAGCCAGCCCUCGACUGCUAUGGUUGAACAGUCUCCUCUUGGACUUAUCCUCAUCUGGGGAACGGCCUUAUCGAGCCAAAAUUCGGGAACUAUCUCGGCGGGAGAAGCUUCGAGCACCAGGACGAAGCCUUUCGUGCGCGACUUCAACGUCUGGGUUCACGACUCGGAAGGUACAGAGAAGCAAAUUUCUUUCCAAGGCGUCGCUGGCGACGAGUUUAAGGACGUCUAUACGUCUCCGGAUGAGCGUCACGUUGUGGUGUGGCAGUGCAAACCAGCAUCUAAACACUUGGUCCAUUUAGUAGAAUCGUCGCCAAAGGACCAGUUCCGACCCAAGUUGAUCAGCGAAGAGUAUCUCAGGCCUGGGGAUAACGUGGAGGUAAAGAGGCCCCGUCUUUUCGACCUGGUGGACGGUAGCGAGACCUUUGUCGACGAUGCCUUGUUUCAGAACCCAUAUGCUCUGACCAAUGUUGGCUGGUCAGAUGACGGUCAGAAGUAUCGGUUCAUAUUCAAUGAGCGUGGCCACCAACACCUGCGACUGCUAGAGAUAGCAAUGGACGGUGCUGUCGCGGUCCUAGUAGAGGAGAGCAGCAAAACGUUUGUCGACUACGCCAACAAGUUGUUUUACAAGCUUCUGCCAUCGACAAACGAACUUCUGUGGGCGAGUUACCAAGGGAUCCUGGAUGAUGCAUUCUGUUGA